AUGCACUAUCUAUUCUAUAUUUAUGUUUUCUACAUAUCUUCAUCUAUCUAUCUAUCUAUCUAUCUAUCUAUCUAUCUAUCUAUCUAUCUAUCUAUCUAUCUCAUUUAUGAUACUUUUUUUCGUUUUUUCUUUCAUUAUUCACAUAAUCUAUCUAUCUAUCUAUCUAUCUAUCUAUCUAUCUAUCUAUCUAUCAAUCGAUUUGAACGAAACUAUUUGGUCUAUCUUCUGCCAAAAGCUGUGGCUGUUGGACUCACAAGCGAGAAGGGAGCCUUGAUAAUGUCUAUCUCUGGUGCAGUGUUGGCGUUUAGUCAAAUGUUUGUUGGAAUUCUUGCUGACUACAUUCAUAUCCCUACAAGUUAUCUUCUGAUGUUUUCAUUGUUUGGUAUGUCUGUCAAUUCUGCAGCCAUGACAUUUUGUCACUCAUUCUCCUUGUUCCUCCUUUGCAUAUCGAUCUUCGCCAUUUGCAAUGGUAAGUGUUGA